AUGCUGGCUAAUAAACACAUUGGUUCCGACAAGGGGUUUUUGCCAGAAGGACUAUUUAUAUGUUUCGAGGCCGAAAAACAAAGAAUCGAUUACCGUAAUGAAAUGAAUGGUGAUAAUUUCAAAGGGUGGUUUGAGUACAUACUCCCUCGACUUGACCCAAAUUCUGUUAUUGUUAUGGAUAACGAACCAUACCAUUCAGUCAAAGCCAAAACAUAUCCGACUGCGUGUUGGAAAAAAUCUGAAAUAUUGAAGUGGCUUAAUUCAAGAGGUGUCACUUUUGAUAGACCUAUGUUGAAGUCUCAACUGCUGAUUAGAGUACGUGAAUUAAAACCACACAAUAAUUUGUACGUUAUCGACAGCUUGGCAAAAGACGCAGGACACACCGUACUCCGAUUACCACCUUAUCACCACGAAUUAAAUCCAAUUGAAUUAGCAUGGGAGAUGGUAAAAGGCUACGUGAAACGGGAGAACACAUCGUUCGAGAUUGACGACAUUCGUCUACUUCUCAAUACAGGAAUUGAACGGGUAACUGCAGAAAAUUGGAAAAAUUUCAUUCAACAAGUAAUUGAAGAAGAGAAUAAAAUGUGGAAAGUUGACGACAUCAUGGAUGAGCUGAUUGAUGAAAUAGAACCAUGUAUGAACAAAAUUAUGGGGGAAACGUCUUAUGAUUCUUUUUCUGACUAA